AAAACCUAAAAUCAACUCAAUAUGUACUCAAAACUUAUCAUUUUUGUCACAUUAUCCAUUGUCUUAAGCAUUGUACAUGCUGGUAUUAUUCCAGUUGUUCAAUCUGUUGGUCAUGAAGAACACGAACAAGUAAUCGACUAUUAUGCUCACCCAAAAUACAAGUUUGACUAUGUUGUAAGUGAUCCACAUACCGGUGAUCACAAACAACAAUGGGAACAUCGUGAUGGUGACCAUGUCCAAGGCGCAUACAGUUUAGUGGAGGCUGAUGGCUCAACACGUAUUGUUGAAUACACAUCAGACCCACAUGUUGGAUUCAACGCUGUUGUCAAGAAAAUUGGACAUGAAACUCAUCCACACUUAUACGGUUCCCACUAAAAAUAUAUGGACCUACAAAUAUGGACCCUGGA